AUGUUUUCAGCAUCAUCUCCAAAAUACUCCUCUGUGGCGGAUAACGAGCUAUGCGACUACGAUGACCGCAAGAUCCCGAGGUCCCAUUCAACGCACAUUCUGCCAGCUCUCUUGAUACUUUCUCUGGUCGCCAACGUCUUUCUUUCGGCGAAGCUCCUCUAUCAAAGCCCUUCAUGCCGGGCGGUGUCAGACAUGGGACAACUUCUUUACUCCCCAGCAGCCAAAGCUCUACAACAUGAGCCACUCGUCUUCCGAGGAGACUUCGGCCUGGACUCCUCUCCCUAUUCCGGCGUCCCCGACGAGGCGUCCAAUUCACAUUGGCAGGCCUUGUACGAUUUUGGCAUAUCCCGCAUCAGCACAGACGAGGCGAGGGACUUGGUGAACAAGACACUUCCAAUCCCGGACGACCACGGCUACUACAUCACGUCGCUAUCAGUCUUCCAUCAGCUGCAUUGUUUGAACAACGUCCGACUAGCAGUCUACAACGGCACGGACUGGACAGAUCAAGACGAGCUCAUGGCCAUCACCCAUGUUGAUCAUUGCAUCAACGCGAUUCGACAGAGCCUUAUGUGUAGUGCUGAUAUCACGCCGCUGGUAUGGGGUCGACGCUCGCUCGACGAACGUGCGAAAGAAGUCAUGGAAGUGGAGCACUCAUGUCGCAAUUUUGAGGCUGUCAAACGUUGGGCGGCUGACAGGCAAUUGCGGACCAAUUUUGACUUUACUGCCAUUGUCGAGGACGACCCUCUACAGUGGGGUGCGUGGACGCUAUAG